AUGGAAGUGAGUGAAAAGGAGACAGAGGAAGCAGAAGUUACCCCAUUCACCGUCUUUGAUGAACUCCGGAAAAACAAUCAACUUUGCGAUGUGACUUUGGAGGUGGGCGAUCAGAAGUUUCCCGCGCAUCGCAAUGUUUUGGCGGCAUGCAGCCGAUACUUUCGCGCCCUUUUCACGAUCGGGAUGCACGAGAUGGAAGAAAAGGUGAUUAAGAUCCCGGGCGUGGAGCCCAAUCUGAUGGAGCAAAUCCUGGAUUACAUCUACACCAAACAUACUCCAGUCAACUCGGACAAUGUGGUGGAGCUGCUACCGGCAGCAGACCAGUUCAAUGUCGAAGGCCUCGUCAAGGAAUGUUGCGCAUACUUGGAGGAUCACUUUGGCGCGAGCAACUGCGUCGGGAUGUGGCGGUUCGCUCGCUCUUAUUUCUGCUUUCUUCUGGAGCAGUCCGCUUUUCGUUACAUCCUCAACCACUUCGAAGAAGUCGCUCUUGGAGGCAAAGCUGAGGAGUUUCUCGAGCUCUCCAUCGAAGAUCUAGAGUGUAUUGUGAAAGAGGAUGAACUGAACGUCAAGAUGGAGGAGUAUGUCUUUGAGGCAAUGGUUCGUUGGGUUCGGCACAAGGAAACACAAAGGAAACAAUACAUACCUCGGUUGUUACUCCUAGUUCGUCUGGGUAUGAUCAACACAGACUACUUCAUGAACAGCAUCAAAGCUCAUCCGUUAGUUCGUGACGUCGAAGAAUGCAAAGCAGUCAUCAUCCAGACCAUCCACUAUACAUACAACUUUGAUCCCAACGAAACACCCAAAGGACCAAGUGCAGUGCUCUCUCGUCCGCGCCUUCCUUUCAAACUCCUGUUCGCCGUCGGCGGCUGGAGCGGGGGCAGUCCGACCAGCGCCAUCGAAUGCUACGACACACGGGCCGAUCGGUGGGUCCUGAUGGACACUGUCAACAAUCGACCACGGGCGUACAUGGGCAUAGCUGUCCUCAACCAGAAGCUUUAUGCCGUGGGCGGGUUCGACAGCAACCAGUACUUCAACAGUGUCAGGUGCUUUGAUCCAGUCACCAAGAGUUGGAGCGAAGUCGCACCAAUGAAUUCCCGACGGUGUUACGUGAGCGUGUCAACGGUGGGUCAGUACGUCUACGCGAUGGGUGGAUUCGAUGGACAUACGCGUCUUAAAACUGUCGAGAGGUACGAUCCUUCUUGCAACCAAUGGACAUUGAUGCACUCGAUGAACCACCAUCGGAGUGAUGCCUCGGCGUGCCGUCUCGACGACAAGAUCGUCAUCGUCGGCGGUUUCAACGGCAACGAGUGUUUGAACUCGGCCGAAAUGUUCGACCCGGAGCUAGAUGAGUGGCGGGAUAUACCCCGUAUGAACAGCAGAAGGAGUGGGGUCGGUGCAGUGGCAUUUCGAGAUAGCGUGUACGCUGUCGGGGGCUUCAACGGUCUGACCCGGCUUAACUCCAUGGAGAGAUGGAAGCCAGGCUCGAUGCAGUGGAUGGGGGCACCAAGCAUGUACAUCCACCGCAGCAACUUCGGCGUCGCUGUCCUCGAUGAUAUGAUCUUCGUCAUUGGCGGCUUCAACGGCAUCACGACCAUCUACAAUGUCGAGUGCUACGACCCCGACAACGAUGAAUGGUAUGACGCAUGCGACAUGAACGUCUACCGGAGCGCCUUGAGCAUCGGCGUCGUCUCCAACCUCCCGAACGUCCGCGAGUUCACCUGGCCCCGCGAUCGAGACCUUCCACCUCCUGCCUUCGUGCCCACCCAAGCCUCACUCGAGCAGGCCGCCAUGGCCAUGGAGGAAAACAACGUGACCAACGACGAACGCGUGCUCGACGACGAGGAAGAUGACGAAGGCGGCAAUCAAGAGGUGGCCGACGAAGCAGAAAUUGAUGAGUUUCUUCUCCAGCAAGCUGCUCUCGCGGAAGAGCACGCGAAUAAUGAUGAUUACGAUGAGGAGGAGGACGAUGAUGAUGAUGACGACGAUGAUGACGAUGUUGAUGGUGACGAGGUUGUUCAGUUUCCCGAUCGAUCACCAAAUCCACGGAGACAUCCGGGUCUCCUGUCUGGAUCAAGUCCAUUGCAACAACCGCCUUUAUCAGGGAACAAUGAAGAAAAUGACAGAGAGGGGCCGAGCACGUCAUAAAAUAUUAAUAGAUGAAAAUCGUUCGGUAGCGAAACUGAUCAUGACUUUUAAU